UACGUACGCUCCCCGAACGCAGCUCAAAGAGCACAUCAGCUGUUUUCAUCAAAAAUGGUUGUGCCGCUUGAAUAACGUAAAUAACGCUGUAUUGGAAAUAUAUAUUCCGCGCGGAAUGGCCGCGCAACGUGCGUUACCGCAAAACAAAGAGGCCCUAUUGAAAACAUACACGACACGACUGAAGGAUGACGUCAAGUCGAUGCUCGAAAAUUUUGAAGAGAUAAUUAAGCUCGCGAAGGGUGAGAAUGACUCGCAUCUAUCACGAAUGACUCAAUGCGAGCAGGACACAUACGAGAUGCACGUCAGAGCGGCCAACAUGGUGCGCGCUGGCGAAUCGUUGAUGAAACUAGUCUCCGAUAUCAAGCAGUAUUUAAUUCUGAAUGACUUCCCGUCAGUGAACGACGCGAUAGGGGCAAAUAGCACAUUAUUUAGGAGUAAACAAGCCGAAUGCGACUCAAAGUUGGCUUCUUUGAGGGACGAUAUGGCUGCAGAUUUAUACGACUUGGAAGAAGAAUAUUAUACCUCGAUAUACAAAUAACAGUAUGUGCACAAACCGGAAUUCCCCCAUCUGUGCAAAACUGAACUGGACCACGAUUCACCGAGAUGUAAUUUAUCCACUCAUCGGUCUGUACAUUUGUUUAAAUAAAUAGAAUUAAUUUUGAUAAUA